GCUCGUUCGUCUCCUCACAUCUGCAAAAUGAGGUUCUUGGUCUCCUUCGUAGCCCUGCUGUGCUUGGUGGGAGCAGCAAUUGCUCUCUACGUGCCCGACACCCAAGAAUUGGGCACCUUCUACACUGGCACCGCCAUUGACAACACCCGCAGCGAAGGCAGCGCCGACAGUGGCAGCGGCGGUAGCGGCGGCGGCGGCGGCAGUGGCGGCGGUGGCAGCGGUAGCGAGGGCAGUGGCGGCGGCGGCAGUGGCAGUGGCAGCGGUGGCAGCGGCAGUGGAGGCAGCGGCAGUGGCGGCAGUGGCAGCGGUGGCAGUGAAAGUGGCAGCGGCGGUGGCGGCGGCAGUGGCAGUGGCAGCGGUGGCGGCGGCGGCGGUGGCGGCAGUGCCGGCAGCGGUGGCAGUGGCAGUGGUAGCGGUGGCAGUGGAAGUGGCAGCGGCGGUGGAGGCGGCGGUGGCGGCAGUGGCGGCAGCGGUGGCAGCGGCAGUGGCGGCGGUGGCAGUGGAAGUGGCAGCGGCGGCGGUGGUAGCAGCAGUGGCGGCAGCGGUGGCAGCGGCAGUGGAGGCAGCGGUGGCAGCGGCAGUGGCGGCAGUGGCAGCGGUGGCAGUGGAAGUGGCAGCGGCGGCGGCGGCGGCAGCGGUAGCGGGGGCAGUGGCGGAGGCGGCAGUGGCAGUGGCAGCGGCGGCGGCGGCGGCAGUGGAGGCAGCGGUAGCGGCGGCAAUGGCGGCAGUGGCAGUGGAAGUGGCAGCGGCGGCGGCGGCGGUGGCGGCAGUGGCGGCAGCGGUGGCAGCGGCAGUGGCGGAAGUGGCAGCGGUGGCAGUGGAAGUGGCAGCGGCGGCGGCGGCGGCAGCGGUAGCGGGGGCAGUGGCGGAGGCGGCAGUGGCAGUGGCGGCGGCGGCGGCGGCGGCGGCAGUGGAGGCAGCGGUAGCGGCGGCAGUGGCGGUGGUGGCAGUGGAAGUGGCAGCGGCGGUGGCGGCGGCAGCGGUAGCGGGGGCAGUGGCGGAGGCGGCAGUGGCAGUGGCAGCGGCGGCGGCGGCGGCAGUGGAGGCAGCGGUAGCGGCGGCAAUGGCGGCGGUGGCAGUGGAAGUGGCAGCGGCGGCGGCGGCGGUGGCGGCAGUGGCGGCAGCGGUGGUAGCGGCAGUGGCGGCAGUGGCAGCGGUGGCAGUGGAAGUGGCAGCGGCGGUGGCGGCGGCAGUGGCGGCGGUGGCAGUGGAAGUGGCAGCGGCGGCGGCGGCGGUGGCGGCAGUGGCGGCAGCGGUGGCAACGGCAGUGGCGGCAGUGGCAGCGGUGGCAGUGGAAGUGGCAGCGGCGGUGGCAGUGGCAGCGGUAGCGGGGGCAGUGGCGGAGGCGGCAGUGGCAGUGGCAGCGGCGGCGGCGGCGGCAGUGGAGGCAGCGGUAGCGGCGGCAAUGGCGGCGGUGGCAGUGGAAGUGGCAGCGGCGGCGGCGGCGGUGGCGGCAGUGGCGGCAGCGGUGGCAGCGGCAGUGGCGGCAGUGGCAGCGGUGGCAGUGGAAGUGGCAGCGGCGGCGGCGGCGGCAGCGGUAGCGGGGGCAGUGGCGGAGGCGGCAGUGGCAGUGGCGGCGGCGGCGGCGGCGGCGGCGGCGGCGGCAGUGGAGGCAGCGGUAGCGGCGGCAGUGGCGGCGGUGGCAGUGGAAGUGGCAGCGGCGGCGGCGGCGGCAGUGGCGGCAGCUGCAGCGGUAGCGGGGGCAGUGGCAGUGGCAGCGGUAGCGGCGGUGGCGGCUGCGGUGGCGGCAGUGGCGGCAGCGGUGGCGGCGGCGGCGGCGGCAGUGGCGGCAGCAGUGGCGGCGGCGGCGGCGGCAGUGGCGGCAGCGGUGGCGGCAGUGGCGGCAGCGGUGGCGGCAGUGGCGGUAGCGGUAGCGGCGGCAGCGGCAGUUGCGGAAGCGGCAGUGGCGGAAGCGGCAGUGGCGGCAGCGGUGGCGGCGGCGGCGGCGGCAGUGGCGGAAGCGGUAGUGGCGGCAGCGGCAGCGGCUGCAGCGGUGGCGGCGGCGGCGGCGGCAGUGGCGGAAGCGGCGGCAGGGAAAACAAUGGCAAUUGCGGCAACAAUGGUAAUAACGGGAAUUCUGGUAACAACGGUGGUAUGUGGAAUUCCUGUAAUAAUGGCCACAACGGCUGUGGCAGGCCUCAGAUUAGCCUGCAAUUCUCGGCUGCUUUCUAAGUAUAUUUAUACUCCCAAAAAUUUUUCCUGCUGUCUCCCUGUCUUCUCCAUUGGGCUCCUCUGAUUACAACUUCAUAUUUGUAUCUUGACCUAUUGUUCCUUCGCCUAACUGGAAAACCUAGAGGUAUUAUUAUUCAUCUUUUCAAAGGAAUGACCACUGAUCCGUAUCAGGGACCAAUCUCUGUAUGUUGAGCGCAUAAACACACACACACACACACACACACACACAUACACACACACACAGCGAGAACAGCGAUAACAUUGACAAAAGCGGCAAUACAAAUAACAGCGGAAACACUAGUAACAGUGGCAUAGCGAUAACUCUGAAAACGCUGCUAAUAGCAACAACACGACAACACGAGUAACAAUAGUAAAAGUGGCAACAGCAAUAAUACUAAUAACACUGAUAAUGGCAGUAACAUCGGUAACACCAGUAACAGUGGCAACACCGGUAACACCAGUAACAGGAGCAACACAAGUAACACUAAUGACAGCAGCAACCAUGGCCACACACACACACACACACACACACACACACACGAGUAGCCUCUCCACAAAACCAUCACUAAGAGUACUUCUGGUUCAGUCUUUGUGGUCAUUUCCAUUUGGCGUAUUGAUUACACCAAAUUAUGCAGUGAAUAUUCCCUCUAACUUGCAAUUAUAUGUGUAAACCAUGAAAAUAAAUAUUUUGUAAAUUG